AUGCCCUCAUCCGCCUCCACCAACGGAGCCACCCCCACCCCCGACGCUCUCGAAUCCGACCUCCUUGUCAAGCUAUCCGCCAGCUGCGCCCUCGAAGAUCUACAAGAAAACCUCCUCAGCUCCCUCCACCGUCUAGGCUGGACAGAAAAGAUCACCACCCUCGCCACAGAACUCCUCCGCGCCGGCCGCUGUGAGACCUUCGACGACGUGAUGGCAGCAGUACUCGCCUCAGCAGAGGGCCGGAGUCACCCCGCGUUAGAGGUCAGGUCAAACGGCCAGGCCAACGGGACAACCAACGGCACGAAAAAGGGCAAGGACCAGCCCUACGACCCGCUCAAAUACAUCAAAGAAGUCAAUGUCUGUAUACCGGAGUCGGUCGUCGACGAGGGUGUACGCGGACUAAAGGAUAUUAUACGAGAAGUGGCGGAUCUGGAAGGUGACAGUGCGCCCAAUGGCGACAAGAAGUAA